UGUGCAGCUAUGUGUAACGCUGGUUGUACUGUAUACUGGGUAGCUUUGCACUGUGUAGCUGUGUAUAACUGUGUAAAAGUUACUGUGUAUAACGAUUACUGUGUAGCUGUGUGUACUGUGUAGCCGUGUGUACGGUGUAGCUAUGUGUACUGUAGCCUUGUAUACUGUGUAGCUGUGCGUACUCAGUAGCUUUGUAUACUCUGAAUACUAGUAGGUAGCUGUGUAUUCUGUGUACGGUGUAGCAACGUGUACAGUAGACACGCCUUGUGAGGCAGAGGCGAGGCUGUCCGCGUCCAGAUGACUAUGGCCUUAAGGCUAAUGCCAGUUUGUUGUCAGUGCGCUUAUGAUCUUUGAUUAGGAUGAAGGAUUUAUUACCCAGAGCAGUUUGUGAAGACAGUUAAUCUCCUGCCAUAGUGCUCUCCAGUUUUACACAAGCGCGUUUGGUGGCUAUAGCUACCAUGGGCAGGCUAAACAUAACAACACGUUGGGAUCCUUCACUCCACUGCCUACACGAGACCAUGGAGGAAGACCUCAAUCAUAUGGAAGAUGAGACUGCAUUCAGCAACACUGACACGAAUGGCGAGCGCUUGUCCGAGGCCAUGGAGCAGGACGACCCGUCCUUCAAGCGUUCCCGUAACACGGACGAGAUGUUGGAGCUCAGGGUGCUGCUUCAGAGCAAAAACGCCGGAGCUGUGAUCGGAAAAGGUGGCAAGAAUAUCAAAGCCCUUCGUACAGAUGUGAUACAAUGCAGUGUGUCAGUCCCAGACAGCAGUGGGCCAGAGCGGAUCCUCAGUGUGAACGCCAACAUCGACACAAUAGGAGACAUCCUGGUGAAGAUCAUCCCUACUCUGGAGGAGUACCAGCAUUACAGCGGGAUGGAUUUUGACUGCGAGCUGCGCCUGUUGAUCCAUCAGAGUAUGGCCGGGGGCAUUAUCGGGGUGAAGGGGGCCAAGAUUAAAGAGCUGAGAGAGAACACGGAGACCUCCAUCAAGCUGUUCCAGGAGUGCUGCCCCCACUCCACCGACCGGGUGGUGCUGGUCGGUGGCCGGCCGGAGCAGGUCGUCGAGUGCAUCAAGGUCAUCAUGGAGCUGGUGUCCGAGGCCACGGUCAAGGGCCGGACGCAGCCCUACGACCCCAACUUCUACGACCAGACCUACGACUACGGCGGCUACACGGCCGCCUUCGAGGACCGCGGCCGCCGGCCCCCGGGCGGCGGCUUCGCCCCGCGGCCCCUGAGGGGGGUCUUCGAGCGCAUGGCCCCGCCCCAGCGGCCGCCGAUGGCCCCGCGGCGGGAGUACGAGGACAUGAGCCCCCGCCGGGGCCCGCCCCCGCCCCCUCCCCCGCUGAGCAGGGUCGCCGGAGGGGGCCGGGCGCGGAACCUACCCCUGCCCCCCCCGCCGCUGACCAGAGGAGGGGGAGACCGGUUUCCCCACGGAGGCUACCACGGCAGCAUGGAUGACAGAAACAACGACCGAAGAGGCCGGCUGGGAGAGCCCUACGAAGGCAUGGGUGGAGGUUUUCACGACCGCAAUGCCAACUGGGAACCCUUUCAGCCUGGUGGCCGGGGCUCCUACGGGGACAUGAGUGGACCAGUCGUCACCACACAAGUCACCAUCCCCAAAGACUUGGCGGGGUCUAUCAUUGGUAAGGGGGGCCAGAGGAUCAAGCAGAUCAGGUCGGAGUCGGGGGCCUCGAUCAAGAUCGAUGAGCCACUAGAGGGCUCCGAGGACCGGAUCAUCACCAUCACAGGGACCCAGGACCAGAUCCAGAACGCCCAGUUCCUCCUACAGAACAGUGUGAAGCAGUUCUCUGGACGGUUCUUCUAAGACAACCAAGGACGUGGGGGGAAGGAGAAGCAAUACUGCCAUAACUGUUGGGCUCUUCUAUCCAUAUUCAACCUAUUCCUUUGUUUGGGAUAGACGUUGCCCCUUCCUCUUCAUCAUAAAUGGUCUGCUACGUCGAGUUUCCCAGCUGUCAAGUUACCAGCCUCCACCUUCUGUGCUGAUGUUUUCAUUUUACUUUAUUAGUUGUUUUUUUACUGGAUCCAUGUACUGUAAUUGGAGUAAACUCACUUGUUUGGUACCUUGUUUUAUUUUGUUACGUGUGCCCUAGCACCCCCUGUGCCACCGCUGUGUUCCAGUACAGCAGAAUGUCAUUUUAAUUUUCUGGAUUUUAGCUUUUCUCCAAAUUAUUUGGUACACUCUCAAAAGACCUUGAGCUGAUUCGUUCUUUUUUUUAAUGAGGUAAUUAUUUUUAAAUAAACCAAGGAGUAACAACCAAUUGUUAAAUGUAUAUCUUAAGCGAGAAAUCGAUUUCCAUACUUUUACCAACAAUUCUUCUAACACAAUUCUUUCGAAUGUUUAGGAAAAAAUGCACAAAAAUAGACAUGAUUUACAGUUUUUCUCAGUCGCUUUGGUACAUUUCUCAGAUCAGAAUUGAAAUUUGCAAAACAGUAAGUGCAUUUCUCAAAACAAUUCGUACAAUUAGCAAAACACCAUGGAUUUCAUGCAAAAGCAAGUCUCUUGCCCAAAAUCCUUAGUUUGUUUCUCAAAAGUAAAUAUCUGUGUCAAUGAACAUGUCAGUGCCAUCAAAAUGACAAGUCCUUGCGUCAUUGUGUACGGAUAAGACAGUCAAAUUGCUUAGUCAUGUUGUCAAUAUAACAGUGUACUCUGGAGGGAUGUUCUGAUGUAAACCAUGGCUAAAGUUUUGAAGACAAUUAUUGUAAAUUUUAAGUUACACCUUAGUGUAUGUGAGAGAUUGAUUGCAAGAGACUGGACAAGAUUCACAUUUACGCUUUGACUGUUUGUAUUGUAAUUUGUUGACAGACCAUGUCAUUGCAGGAAAUGUGAACAUAGGACAAUCUCCUUAGGGUAAACUGCAUGCAUUUCUGCAGACAAUGUAAAUUUGUGUUGUGCUCCAGCUAUAUAUAUACUUGCCAGUUCAUGGUUCAGGAGAUGCACCUUUGAGCUAUUCCAGUAAACUGGUUGAUCGUUGGUUGAUCUAACACUUCACACAUUUCCCUUCUUUAGAGAAAUCAAGAUUCACCUGGUAGCAAUUUACCAAUUCA